AUGAGCCUUGGAUGCCGUGGCUUCAGGCCUCACGCGACGAUGCUGCCUCAGUUCGGCCAGGCCGCAUGGCCAAACCUGUCAGCCCCCGCUGCAGCUGAGUCGGUCGUCCGUUUUGAGCAAACAGCUUCUCCUGCGCAAGGCCAUCACUUCACGCCAAUCGGACAUGGGACUCCCGAGCGCCGGAUCAAUCCUCUUCAGUAA